AUGAGAAAAGUUAAAAAUGAUGAUUGUCAUUUUGAUGAACAUAUUGGGACGGAUUAUGACUUUAAACGAGAAGUGGUUUGGUUUAACGCAAUUGGUUUUCUGAUGUUAAUGUUAACUGGCUUUGUGGGGAUUUUGGCAGCUGUGUUUGGCUAUUGCUGUUGGCAAACAACACUUUGGAGUUUACUUCUGGCCUAUGGGGCUGGCAUUGGUGUUACAAUGGGGGCGCAUCGACAUUUCACACAUCGUGCAUUCAAAGUGGUUCCUUGGUUUCGAGUUAUACUCAUAAUCUUACAUACUAUCGCAGGACAGAAUUGCUUAUGGGUAUGGGUAAGAGACCAUAGACAGCAUCAUAAAUUUUCUGAUACAGAUGCUGAUCCACACAAUGCUACUAGAGGUUUUUUCUUUUCACAUGUAGGUUGGUUAAUGUCAAAAAAACAUCCAAAAGUAAUUGAAUAUGGGAAAAAAAUUGACAUGUCGGAUAUAGAAGCAGAUCCAUUAAUUAUGUUUCAGAAACGACAUUACAAAGUUUUGUAUACAUUUUUCGCAUUGGUCAUUCCUAGUUUUAUUCCACUUCUAUGGGGAGAAAAUAUUUACAUGUCAUUUUUAGUAUCUUAUUUUGGUCGAACAGCCAUAAAUUUAAACGUAACCUGGCUUGUGAACAGUGCUGCACAUCUCUAUGGAAUGCAUCCUUAUAACCGAAAUAUUAUGCCAGUAGAGUCAAUUUUUGUGUCACUUUUGACUGUAGGAGAGGGUUGGCACAAUUAUCACCAUGUUUUUCCUUGGGACUACAGAGCAUCGGAAUUAGGCAUGCCGUUUAACGUUACAUGUAAACUAAUAGACAUUUUGGCUAAAAUGGGAAUCAUUUACGAUUUAAGACAAGCAUCACCUAAUAUUAUAAGUAGUACUAUCAGCAAAAAAGGAGACGGAUCUCAUCCUUGUGCGCGAGGUCAACUAAGAAGGACAUGGACAGAUUUAAUGGUGUUGUGGGCUCAUUCUUUGAAUUUGCCUUACAUAUUUAAGUAUAUAAGAAAUAUGGCAGAAACAAAUAAUCGAAUAACACAAAAAAAUGUUAAAUCAAGUGAAAGCACUAUGAAAUUUAAGUAA